AUGGAAAAUGAACCGUCUAGUGGUAAUCGUGAUUCGAAUAAGCAAGAUAUUCGACGACGAUUACACGAUCGACCACGCCGCGCAUCUUCUGGUAACAUCGAUACACAAUCGACAUUUUUAAGAAGUAAAUCUGAUUCGUCCGAAACAAAUUUACGCCAUAAAACCGUUGAAUUAGUCGAUUCAGUUCUUGAAGUGCCAACAAAAUGUGCUGAACAAGCCAAAGAAGUUGGUAAACGUGUUGUUGAAUAUGUCGUUGAUCAUGCUCUUCUUCCACAUUGGUUGGUGGAUAAUGAGUUUUUAAUUUCUGGACAUCGACCACCAAUGCCAAGUGUUAAACAAUGUUUUGCAUCAAUCUUUCGUCUACAUACUGAAACAGUUAAUAUUUGGACUCAUCUAUUGGGUGCAUUAUUUUUUAUAUGCAUAACUAUUUAUUAUAUUACACAACCGGCCAGUGAAAUUCAUAUAGAGAGAAAAAUUGUAUUUUGUGCCUUUUUUCUUGGUGCUAUUAUUUGUUUACUCUUUUCAACGUUAUAUCAUACACUCUCUUGUCAUUCACCACAAUUUGCAUACAUUUUUAACAAGAGAAUUGAACAGCAAUCAAUUCUCUUCAUUGCAUUUGGCCUUUUCGGUUUUAUUCCAACAAUACACUAUACAUUGCUAUUCGGUUUUAAACAUGCUUUUACAACUGGUGCUGCUCAAUGGUUGGCACUAAUGGCCGUUCUUUAUAUUACCGGUGCUUCUCUCUAUGCUGCGCGAAUACCUGAACGAUUGGCUCCAGGUUACUUCGAUAUAUGGUUUCAAAGUCAUCAAAUCUUUCAUGUAUUUGUCGUGGCUGCUGCUUGUGUCCAUUAUUAUGGCAUUUGUGUACUAUCGCGUCAUCAAGCUAGUAUCGGAGAUUGUCGUGAAAGUGUAAGACCACUGAGUAGUGGUGUAAUGACGUCGUUCUUCCACUAA